UGCCAAAGUAAGUGAACUUAACCAUGGCCCACAAAAAGAAAAUAGAAUUGUUCAUAAAUGUUAACUGUGAAAGGCAGUUUCAUAACAUACUGAAAAAACAUAGGGAUAGCCUUAUAUGUGCAGAAAUCUACAAUGAAUUAAGCGGAUCGUGUACGGCGCUGGACCACUUGUUUACUAGAAUCAAACUGGACUGGAGUGAUGGCAAAAUGAUACUUCUCAAAGUUCUAGCUGAUGAAAUCGAGACUUUCAAACGAUUUAGAGACAAAUGUGAACCGAUAUAUAUUUUCAUACAUCGAAAUAAAAUAACGAAGCUCCUCCGAGGUGUAAACGCCAUCAAGCUUGCAGACAUUGCCAGGAAAGAACUGGAAUACCACAAGAGAGUCCAAGCGGGGGAAGAGGUAGACAGACAGACAUUUGGCUUGGACGAAGCUACGCCUGAAGAACUGGAAUGGGAGCAAGAGCUUAUAAAAGAGAGGGAGAACGAGAUUAAAGCAUAUGAAGCAAUAAGGUCUGUGCAACACGAUUUACGCAAACGCCGCCGUGCGGAGCUGAUGGUGCCACAUCUUAAGAACCUGAACUUCGUACUUUUCUGGCCUCAGGCCAGGCAUGCGCACUUUGAACUCUACGAGCGGUGGGACUUGAACAAUAUUAUAAUGGUGGGCCGGGAGGAGCUACAACUCGACGAGUACACAGCCAGAGACAUCCUGUAUAACGGCGACGCGCCCAUCAACGAAGCUUCCAUGUACGCCCUGCUGUCGGCCCCCGCUUUGGCCAUAUGUUUCAGAUGUCUGGACGAUGACGUUAAUUUUACUUCUUUAGUCCGCAAAAUCCUCUACGAGUACAUAGAACCGCUGGACCCAGCUAAGUCCAGGAGCGACCAACCUAUCCAAAAGACUGCUUUUAAUCACUACAAAUCCUACAGUCUGACGAGGGAACAGAUAUGGCAGAAGCGACGAGAAGAGAGACAGAGACAGAAGGAAGAAGCGAUAGAAAAGCGCGCUCGACGUUUGUCCGAGAUGCAGCGAUUGGCGCGGCAGGCGAUAGAACAAGUCUUGGAGUCCAGGAGACUCGCUAAAGAACAGGAGAAAUUGCGCUUGUUGAAGAUCGGGGACCUAGAUGGCCUUGAAAAACUGAAAGCGGAGCCUGACAAUGAAGAAGUGGACAUUGAAAUACCAGAGGAGUUACCUGACGACGAGGAAGAUUUGGACACGGAUAUAGUCGAGGAUGAGAACGAGUAUUUUCCUCCACCGGGUUUGCUGAUACCCGGGUUCUACGCGCCGCCCAAUGACAUAGCCAAGGCUAACGGCUUGCAUAUACUAUUUCCUAAACUGGUGUUGGAGCGAGUGGAGCCAGAACCAGAGUUCCUGCCGCCCCACGUGGUCGUUAUGCUGGAAAUUAGGAAGCGGUACAAGGCGAUCGCUGCGCUCACUCCGCGAAGACAAGCUGUCAUACACAUGGGCAUAUUCAAAGCUACGGGACCUUCAGAUGCCGUGCACAUAGCCUACAGCGUGGCGCAAUUUGACGAAAUUAAAGAACAAUUUGAUGAGGACUCUGUAAUGAUAGCCUUCAUGUUAUCAAUAAAGUCGGACUUAGCGCUGUUGGAGCUAAUGGACCUGACCCCGGCCCAUGUGAGCCGAGACGAGCAAGCCGGCGAGGUAGAGGCGAGCCGAUUAUUCCCGGUUUACUACUGCGACCCCAGAGAGUUCGAGGACUUUGAACAGACGGGAAAUUCAUAGAUGUACCUUUUA